AUGGCAAAAAAGUUAACUGAAGGUAGAAAACCAGGGAGUGGUAGGAAAAAAGGUACUGCAAAGACUUUAGCAGAAGGUAGAAAAGUUGGUAGUGGUCGUAAGAAAGGAUCUGGUGGUAAAGCUAUUGGUAAAACUCUGGCUGAUGGUCGUAAAGCUGGUAGUGGUCGUAAGAAGGGUAGCAAAAGUACUUCAAAAAUUGAUGAUAUUAAUGCCAAAACUCCUGAAGACUCAAGCCUUAUAAGUGCAGUUGAUGCUACAAAUCCAAAUUCAAUAUCACCAACUAAUAAUCAACAACUAUUGAAUAGUCAUGAUUAUAUUGUUCAACAAACGUAUAAUCAAAAUCAAAGUUAUGAAAAACAAAUCUCACAACUCACGCAAUUGAAUCAAAUGCAUUAUAUUGCUAAUCAUGAUCCUCAUCAACAACAAUCACAUCAACAUAUUCAACCUUCACAAUAUCCAACAUUAGGGCAUUUUGCACCACCAAAUCAACAACAAACACAUCAAAGUCAGCAGAUUCCACAUUUACAACAAAUGCAACAUCAUCAACAUCACAUUCAUCCUCAACAUUCAAAUUCACAAUCUCCACAAUCUACAAACCAAAUACUUAAUCAACAACAUUUAAAUCAAUCACCAAAAUAUAAUGAUAUAAAAUUGAUUAUGAAUGAUUUGAACGGUAAAGGAACGAUAGAGAAUACAAUUUUGCCUUUUAAUAGAAGCCGACAAUGA